CAUUUAAUUGCUGUAUUAUGGUAGCACUGUUGUCACUACCAAAUAGAGUCUAGACUUAAAAGUUGCAACCACAUAAGCAGAUCACGUCUUUCUACUUCUUAUACUUUAAAAGAUGAAAAUAUGGAAACAAGUUUAAUAUUGAACAAGCAGAACCAGAUGUUUAAAUAAUUUGAAUUCUAAUUAAAAUUUUGUGGUUCUAAAAAUCAUGGAGAAACAUGUUGAACGCUUCAUAAGCAAAAACUCAGAAUCGCAAUUAAUAGGGAUUAUUAUAGCAAUUUUUACAGUGACAAUAACAUUAGUUCUUUAUGUUUUAUGGAGACGCAGAACAUCUAUUGGACAUUGCAUACUUCUUACGGGUCUUUGCAAUGCUGGUAAAACACUCAUUUAUGCUCGACUGAUACAUACCAAGUAUGUGCAGACUCAUACCUCUGUAAAAGAAAAUAUUAGUGACCUUGAGUAUAAUCACUCUAUCAAGAUAGUUGAUAUUCCUGGACAUGAACGAUUAAGAUACAAAUUUUUUGACAAGUAUAAAAAAUUUGCAAAAGGGUUAGUAUUUGUUAUUGAUUCUGUAACUAUUCAAAAAGAUGUAAGAGAUACUGCCGAAUUUCUAUAUACUUUGCUAUCUGAUUUAAUGAUACGUAAAAGUGUUCCAAUAUUAAUUCUUUGCAAUAAGCAAGAUCAUACUUUAGCAAAAAACAGUACAGUUAUAAAAGCUGUACUUGAAAAAGAAAUGAAUUUGUUAAGGGUAACUAAAACUAAUCAAUUGGAUAACACAGAUGCAUCAUCAUCUAAUGUAUAUUUAGGAAUAACUGGAAAAGAUUUUUCAUUUUCACAUCUUGAUAGAAAAAUUAAAUUUGCAGAAUGCAGUGCUGGUACACCAACUGAUUUGGAACAAUUUAAGUCAUGGUUGAUAAAUUUGGAUUAAUAUUUUAUUUAAUAUCUAUUUGUAUUUAUUUCUGAGAGAAUGUGAUUACUUAUUUUAU